ACUGAUAGACGGCACUGACUGGCAUCACUGCUGGGCACUGACUGGCGGCACUGACUGGCACAACCGCUGGGCACUGACUGGUGGCACUGACUGGCAGCACUGGUGGGCAGCACUGGUGGGUGGGCACAUGUGGGUGGCACUGGUGGGCACAGGUGGGUGGGCACAGGUGGGUGCACUGCUGGGCACAGGUGGGCGGAACUUGCGGGUGGCACUACUGGGCACCGAUCAUCAGGGCACUGAUCAUCAGUGCCCUGAUGAUCAGUGCCGAUCCCCGCUCUGACAACUGCCGGUUCUCGGCAGUACUUUCCUCACGAUCUGACAGCGUGAGGAAAGUGCAGCCGAGAACCGGCACUUGCAU